GAGAGUAAGCAACGAGGGGGGCAGGGGAGUUAUGCGAGCUUUGGGGCGGAGAAUACGCAGCAGCUUGUCUGCUUGCUCGCUGACGAGUGAAAAAAGUUUUGGAAGCUUGCUCCUCGUCGGAAAUUAACUUCACGGUAGUCGCCGUUGUGUUUGUGUACGAGCUCGGAGCCCGUUUUCCGGAGGUAAAAUCGUGACGUCUGCUACUGAGCUGUGUGUGAUGUGAUAUCUGGCAAGCAGACGCCGACAGGUGGUGGAAUUUAGCGCUCAACGGCGAGUUGUGUCUGUGUGGUGGUGGUGGUGAUGUUGCACGUAGCGGAUGUAUCCACCGUGUGCGUGAAUCCGACUAGCACGGAUUGGGAGUGCGUUUCAGGAUCCGCAACAUGAUGGGAAUACAUUGCGGCGGAUGCUUGUUCUACAGUCGUCUCGUGCUUUCUCUCCUUGAAACCGCCGUCAAGGAUCUGUGGCGAGGUGCCGUGCUGCCUUUGGGGUGACUGCUGAGGGAUUACGUACGGAAUGGCACGCGGCGUCGCCGCGUUCCGGCGCUGGGUGCUGCGAUGCGGCGCGCAGCGCCGCAAGUGUGAACAGGACUGCGUCAAUGCUGUCUGGGCGCUUCUUCUCUUUCUCGCUUCCUUCGUGAACCCGACGCGAGCUUCGGAGACCAAGAACCUGACCGUCGCCUACCUUCCCAACAUCAGCGGCCCCGACAAUUCUGUGCGGCAAGGUCUUGUGGUCUCCGGCGCGAUGACGUACGCCAUUGAGCAUGUGAACAAAAACAAGACGCUGUUGCCUGGUUACACCAUGGUGAUGCGGUAUAACGACACGAAAGGAAAUAUGGUGCAUGGCACCCGAGCCGUAGCGGAGCUGUGGCGAGAAGGUGCCAUGGCGUUUUUUGGACCUGAGGACUCCUGCUACGUACAGGCCGUCCUUGCGACGGCUGUCAACGUACCUAUGAUCUCUUACAGAUGCACAGAUUCAGCUGUGAGCGGAAUUCAAAACUCGACCUUCGUUCGAACCGUGCCAUCAGAAGCUUUGGUGGUACGCAGCGUGACGUCACUUCUGCGGUAUUAUAAAUGGCACAACUUCAGCAUUGUCUACGAGCAGACGGAGCGAUACGGGACGGUUGCCACGGCGCUGGAGAGCCAGGCUAAGGCGGAAAAACUGGGGAUCAACCUGAAGCACAGCUUCACCAGCGAAGCUCUCUGCUGCGAGCAAAAUACCAGCUGCUGCAAUAAGGUCUACCACAACAUCAUCGACGGAACGUACAAACAAACACGCAUUUACGUCUAUCUGGGUAACAUCAUCGAUCUCAAGGGUCUCCUGAUCACGAUGCGUAUGAGAGGGCUCUUCAGGGACGGAGAAUACCUCGUCAUCGCUGUGCUCCACGGAGAAAACUAUUGGGAUCUUUUCAACAAAGAGUUCUUUGGGAAAGGCGAAAAGAAUGACCUGGUAGCGCUGCAUAAGGCUUGCCGCAAUCUACUGAUCAUUCAGUCAACCAUGCCUCACGGCAGGCCCUACAGCGAUUUCGUCAAGAAAGUCAUAGAGUACAACAUGAAAGAACCAUUCAACUUUCCGCCCGGAAUAACACAGUUUCUAAGGCACAUUACCAUCUACGCGUCGUACUUGUUCGACGCUGUGAUUGUGUACGCCGAAGCAGCUACGGAACUCAUCCGAAAGAAUGUCAACAUCCGCGACGGACACGCAGUCAUUCAGGAAAUUAAAGGGCGAGAACGCUACACAAGCAUUGCGGGUGUGGACAUGACCAUUAACAAGAAUGGCGACGUGGAAGGAAAUUACACAGUACUCGCGUUGCUUCCUGUGCUCAGCGAGCAAGCCAGAAACACACGAGAUCAAAUUGCUUCACUGCCGGGGAUUAUGAAUUACACGGAGCUUAUGCAGCCUAUGGGCAUCUUCAAGUAUGUCAACCAAAGUGGAGUUGUGUUUGAACAAAAUGUCAGCAGCACUCUUUUGUGGAAAAAUGGACGACCUCCUGUAGCCGUACCACCAUGCGGUUAUGACGGUGAAGCUUGUAUUGCUGGUUACGAUGAGCAUCGCAAGAUUGCCGCAGGUGUUUUAGCGUUUCUACUACUUUUGGUGUCUGUAUGUACUACCGUAGUGUAUAGGAACUGGAAGUAUGAACAAGAAAUAGAUGGGCUGCUGUGGAUGAUCGACAAGUCAGAACUGGAGCCAGUGGAGAGCUUCUACGGUCCUAAGCAUGGCAUGAGCAAGAUGAGCCUCGUGAGUCAAAUUAUGUCGGACUCUGCAAGAAUGAUGAACCUAGCAAAUGCGUACCGGUACCGAGGUACGAUUGCCUUCGCCAAGAAGCUGGUCUAUCUCAGGCGAUCAGCUGACAUUCCACGUAAAAAUAAGAAAGAGAUGAAAGUGAUGCGUGAGCUGCAUCAUGGCAACAUUAACCCUUUCAUCGGAGCCUGCGUGGAGCCAAACUGCAUUUAUACCAUAACAGAAUUCUGUGCCAAGGGGAACCUUCAGGACAUUCUCGAGAAUGAUGUGAUACGGCUGGACAACAUGUUCAUCGCUUCAUUCGUCUUUGAUCUCAUAAAGGGCUUACAGUACCUGCACGAGAGCGACCUGAAAGUUCACGGUAAUUUGAAGUCCACCAAUUGUCUGGUCACUAGUCUGUGGGUUGUGCGGCUCUCAGACUUCGGACUUCAUGAACUGCGCACUGCAAAUGAAACGGCAAGAAGCAUCAAAGAAGAAUACAAGGAUUUCAGAAGAUUGCUCUGGAGGUCUCCUGAAGUCCUUAGGUCUCCCUCUGCAUAUCAGUGUGGAAGCCAGAAGGAUGAUAUCUACGCCUUUGGUAUUAUAUUGCAUGAGAUCAUUGGGCGACAAGGUCCCUGGGGCCCCUGCGAGCUGGAACCAUGCACCAUCAUAGACUGCGUGAAAAAAGACCCUGGAACCGAUGAGCCAUUUCGACCACCUGUAGCUGACCUUGAAUGCCAGGACUACGUUCUGAAUGUCAUGAGAGACUGUUGGGCUGAAAAGAUCGAAGCGCGUCCAGAGCUUGGCCAUAUUCGAGAGCGGCUGAAACAAAUGCGACAGGGAAUGAAACCAAAUAUUAUGGACAACAUGAUGUCAAUGAUGGAGAAAUACGCCAACAAUCUGGAAGACCUCGUAAAUGAGCGAACGUGUCUUCUACAAGAAGAGAAAAAGAAAACGGAAGCUCUCCUGCAUCGAAUGCUUCCCAAAUCCGUUGCCAGCCAACUCAUGAGGAGGAAAAUGGUUGUACCGGAAUCGUUCGAUUCCGUCACCAUUUAUUUCAGCGACAUUGUCGGCUUCACCGAAAUGUCGGCGAGUAGCAAACCUAUACAGGUGGUGAACUUCCUGAACGACCUGUACACCUGCUUCGACUCCAUUAUUCAGCGCUACGACGUCUAUAAAGUAGAGACCAUUGGUGAUGCUUACAUGGUUGUAAGUGGACUUCCCAUUCGAAACGGAGAUUCACAUGCCAAAGAGAUCGCGUCUAUGGCACUGGAACUUCUGGAUGCUGUUCGAAAUUUCCGAAUAAGACACCGACCCGAGGCGACGUUAAGGCUGCGUAUUGGAAUUCACACAGGUCCCGUUGUUGCCGGAGUGGUUGGUCUUACGAUGCCCCGGUACUGUCUUUUUGGGGACACAGUGAACACAGCGUCUCGAAUGGAGUCCAAUGGAGAAGCAUUGAAAAUCCAUAUCAGCAGCCAGUGCAGAGACUUGCUCGAGAAAAUAGGCGGCUACGAAAUCGCAGAUCGUGGUCUGAUCAAAAUGAAGGGUAAAGGCGAACUACGCACCUAUUGGCUCUUGGGCCACACUACUGGCCCGCAACCGAGGCGCCGUCCAACUCAGCCUCCACCCCAGCCUCUCUUCGGGGACCCCAACGGCCCACAGCACCGCAGUCCCAAGUCAGAAGCUCUUCCUCGGCGUGGAUCGCUCAUCCCAAAGCUGCCGGAAUCCGACCUGGACUGCAGUGGUCUCGGCCUCAUGAAUGGAUCCGUCGUCGGAGGCAUUCAAGCCAUACACAGAUUACGUCAGGAAAGUCCCGGACUGAGGUCCAAGCGGGCUAAAAGCCCCUCGCGAAAUCCUUCCUUCACCUGCCACUCACCACAGUCCAUCGAAGAAUACCUCAGUUCUAGGGCAAGCAGCACUGUAGAUCUCGAUGGCGGCAUGCUUCAAGUUCCUCCUGACAGCCUACGACAUAAUGAAAGACAGCCGUCCGACUGCGGCUGUUCGGACACUGAUAUCUCCGCAAGCCGGAGCGCCUCGAGACAGUGGCUGGACCGCGGCAAGAACGGGCUGAAAAGCCUCGACGAAAGCGCCCAGCCCUUGCUGAUAAACUUGGAUGGAAGUCCGAACUGCAACGGAAACUCUCUGUUAUCAGCUCCGGAUGACGGGACAAAACGGUGGCGCUCCUGCGAUGAGAUCAGCACGAAACCUCCGCGGCUGAAGAAAGUAUUUCCUGGUUUGUGGAAAAAAGGCCUACCAGACGACACCAGUCAGAAUGGAAAUCGUGGCUCGUCCAUGAUGAACGACGAAGGGUGUUGUGACCCCAGGUUUAUUUACGAUGAAGAAAACAGUGAGAGUGUGGUGUGACAUAAGCGUGCGUCGUUCAGCUGAGUGCGUGCGAGAGCGCGAGGGUGUGUGUGUGUGUGUGUGUGUAGAGUACGGUGGUUACUUUUCCGAGUGGUGGCAUCACAUUCCGUAAGGGCACUCCUUUGGUAAUGCAGCAGCUGAACUGUGGGUUGCACCAGCAGUCUUUUUCACUGAUGGGUUUGGCAGAAGAGACAAGUGCAAUGUGGUAUACCUUCUGCGCUUGGGGUGUCGUUUGUGGCAUGUGCCAAUUACAAUAGUACAAAUUACGCAUAGAAACAAAUGAGACAGUCACGGCAUUAUCACAGCAUCUGAUCCUCGGCUUCGUUCGCUAAAUACAGUUGAACCUUGAUGGGCUCGAUUGUUGUACAUAGCGAGGUAAUGUCAUACUAACGAAGUGUAAACCAAGCACGUCUGAUAGGACACCAAAAACGCCAAGAAAGUAGUAUCAUGUGAGACCAUGUCUUCAAGGUUCAACUAUGCAUUGCAUGAACACACAGCAGUCAAGAAUGCACAGAGUUGCUGUCUUUGGCACAGAAACUCGGUCAGUUUGUAGAGACGUGCUCAAAAUUGUGUGCUGACUAAAAUGUAUUGACAAGCAACUUUCCAGCAGUGCUACCCGUCAUCUACAUUAAAGGAAUUCGCAGUUCUUCAUUUUUGUAAAACAACCUUAGUGUUCAAAAUCUUGCACAGCGGGCAGAUCCUGAGGAGAACGUGCAACGUUAGAUUUACGGAAUAAACUGAGACCCAGAUCUUUCCUAAUUGGCCACCAUUCCAGCAUCCUUUCACCAUCGUCGUUCCUUCCCGCAUAACUUCCUUCGACGAAACCCGCAAUGCACCCCUAAAAAAAAUUUCAAAUAUCUGCCCCUAUGUUUCAUUAGUGCACUGCAUGAAAGUGAGCACAUAGAUUUGUGAGUUCAAGCACGCAACUACCAGCAAUGCGUAUACACAAGAAACACAUUUCUACUUUGUUCAGCACUUAGGAAAGCAUAUUCGAAAAGAUCUAAGCUGGAGCUCAUUAGCUGCACUGUACUAGAAGUGUAGUACAACAACGUUACAGGACCACCUGGACAGCUGUUCUGGCACACUGAUGUCGAAACAACUAUUCUGGUGGUAACAAGUGCAGCUAACACUUGAGUAAUAAGCAUUAGGUAAGUAUAUAUGUAAUACAAAGUGACCUGAUGUACUUGCAAGGGAAGACUUGCUUACUCUAUAAGUACUACCACUUCCCUUCAGUGAAUUAAAUCUUCGACCCUUCCAGGUGUUGAGAACCUUGAGAACAUUUCAAGGGCAUGGAAGAGCAAGAACAGUCUGUGCACACAUUUAGGCACACGUACUUGCAUGAGCCUUUUUUGCUUUGUAAGCAUCAAAUGUUGCAAAAAAAAAUUUACAAUUUCUCGUUGUGACGACAAGACUGACACUGAGGGUGCGGGGCACCGCUAGUACGUGAUGCGUUGCAUAGGAAAGCCUCUGGCUGUUCUAUAUAUAUAAAGAAAAAUGCGAGUGGGCGUUCUCCCAUAUCUGUCCCAGUGUGUGCAUGACAGACAUUUAAGACAGUUUCUGCAUGGUAUUUGCCAGUGGCAGUGCUAUUCACAGUGCCAGGUUUUGUUGCUGUGGAACCUCGUCAAUUCGAACUUAUUACAUGAUAGGUGAGAAGGAAAAUUCAUAUUUGUUUCUAAUUGUGCCUGAUCAGUGUAAAGUGUUAAAAGCGAUGUUGAAAUAAUCGAUGAUAUCUAAAUUAUUCCAUGAUCUUGCAAGUUCUUAGAUUGAUUCAUGGUUAUCUUUUGAAUAAUUUCUAAGAAAUCAUAACAUGAACGAAAGAUUUUGUGACACGUUGAUUCGAAUUACCGAGGUACCGAUAAUUGGGGACGGGAAAUUAUGCUGUAAACUCUGCUUGGAGGGUAUGAAGUGGUGAACGAUAUAGUGUCAUAUCAAACUCAGGUGUACAGGUGUUGUACUGCCUGUCAUAGCUGCUCCUUUUGCCUAAUGUUGGAAUCGUGUUUCCCGGCAAGUACUUUUAUAUGAACCUCACCAGUCAAAGUGCACAUGCAAUGCACCUCCAUGCCGUUUGCACUUUUGCACGUUCACACAUGUUACUCCAAGCAUGUAAGCAUUAGUACACAGUGGCAAAACAUGGAGUGAAACUUACUUAAUUGUCAGGGAGAGCAUCUCUUAUUAUGUAUAAUACAUGUAACUUCACCUUUCUAUCAUGGAUAACAUCGAUAUUUGAAGUACUGUAAGCAGAUGUUAUAAAUCUAAAGCUUUACAAAAGUGUUUCUUCUGUAAACAAUGAUCUUGCCAGGAAAGUGUUCUUGUACAGAGGACGUCGAAAUCGUUUCAGUACACAGGGCCGACUAUUUGCUAGUUUUUCAUGGUUCAAUACACUUGAGGGGAUAUCACCUCUAUGGGGGUGGCUCAUUUUCAAAAUAGCCAGUUCACACACAGUUACAAAGCAAAGCGUUCAGAUAUAAGCAGUAGUCCUUGUGAUGUGGAUAGGCCAUGCGCCCCCUGUUAUCGAUCUGUGCUACUCAAUUGGAUACUUUACUGGUUGAGGUUUCGAAAAUAUUCAGAUUAGCUCCUGGACGCUUGGCUACUACAGUUUCAAUCAUAGUCUCGAAAAUCGAAUAUGAGCACCCUGUACAUUUGAUACCACUAAAGAGGUAAUUUUUAUAAAGUGGAAUACCACUUGUAUUGAAAUGGCGGAGGUUCUGAGUCGAGUUCACCAAAGGAGCUCCUCAAUAAAUAAAAACCCAUUUACAGGCCCUUGAAAUCUGUAUACCUGCCAUCAGAAGUGAGAAGACAAUACGUGCACUCAGCAUCGUGUAUAGGAAUUUUUCUCCGCAAAAUUGAACCCCAGUUGACAACUCAUGACGUACGCCUGGACCGCAUACCCCUCACACAUCAUCUUCUGAAAUCUGACCUCUAGAACUCGCUAUAUGCAACACAACACAAAACACACUCCAUCAAGGCCGUACGCCUUGGUGUUAUAGACACGCUGACUAUGGUCAUUACGAGCUUUAGUCCUUUACCUUCAUUAAGGGAUCCACCAAAUGAGUACUCAGUAAGGUUCCCGUUUGGGCUGCAGUUGCUGAGUACUGGAGAAGGAGUGCGAUCCACGCUAUUUCUAUUCAGUGUCACCAGCGUCGCCAUCUGUCGUGCAGAGCGCGGAUUGGCGCAUAGAGGAAUCAGCGUCUGAAGCGGACGCUCAGGUUGUGCCGGACAGAUGUAGCUCCUAAGCGACGAUGCGUAGGGUGUUCGAAUUCCAGCUGCCUCUGUGUGCACAGAGGGAGCUACUAUUCAGACACUCGUAGCGUUGGGUGGUUUGGGAACAAAAUGGCGGCGAUCGUUCCUCCGUCUGUCCCAGGGAUGAUUCACUGAAACGAAGUGUACUUGUUGGCCCCUCCCACACACACCAGUCAUAAUAUUGUCUGAAUGUUUUUGAUGCUGUUACAUUUACUGCAAGCAGAAUUUGUUCAUUUAGUGCCAAAUGCUGUGUUGUAUUCUUGCUGUUUUGAGAGUGAAAAAAAAAGUGUCUGUGAUAACACGUGGCUGUUCCCUUGCAGCCUGAGGCACCACCCAGUGCGUAGUUUAAAAGAAAUACAAGGAGCCAGACUGUGCCACUCGUUCGCGUAGUGUUUUGAAGGAAUUUCGUGGCUCUGCUGUCGGUGUAAAUAAACAGAGACAUUAUUUUCCAGGUGCGAAA